GCGUCUCGCUCCGGUUCUUGUUCCUGGCUCGCGCCAGAUUCUCGAUCUCCUUCUCCUCCACCGCCGCGGACGAUUCAGCUCGUUCAACGGGUGCUCCUCGAUUUUUAGGUGCGACUCGGACGGACGGACGGACGCGCGGAGAUUUCCGUCCGAGCCGCGCGAAACGCACAUCGUGGUCUCUGACGCGACCGCGACCGGGAAUCUUCCGCGUUCCGCGAGUGCCGCCGCGGCGCUUAUCAGUCAUUAUCAGUCCGAGGUCGAUCAUCCCGAUCGAUCCCGAUCGCGUUCGAGAUCGGGCCGAUCUCCCGUAAGGUAUCCUCGUGACGUUCACACGUGAGAGUGACAGACCUCACGGGUCUCGGGAUAUUCCACGUCCGGGGACACUCCCUUUUAGCGCGGAGCGAAAUCGGCGAUGCGUGUGCGUGCCGAUUAGUGCCGACGAGUGCCGAUUAAACGCGCCGCUAAUGAGGAGCCAAGGAGCCCGAAAAUUAAAAGACCAUGAGCUCCGAAGAUACAACUGACAAUGCGGCCGCGGCAGCUAAUUCCUCCGACGUAGCGGCUAAUUCCUCCGACGUAACAGCCAAGUCCUGCGAUGUGGCCACGAAUAUGGAGAACUGGGUCCAAUUUGAGGAAGAGGCAGACUCGAAGAAGGCUACCUGCAACGCCGAGAGGAAAGCCGGCAACGGCAGCAGCGCACCCGCCGUGAUAAAGCCCGAGUCGGUUACCGUGCAGGUCGAGAAGAUCGGCAAGGGUCUCGACCCGCCUGAUAUUAACGAUAAGAAAACCAAUGAGUACAGAGGUGCUGUGAUAGCAACCGAAUCCGUCCAGAUUAACUUAGAUAGAUCAGGUUUAAGUCGUUCGAUGACGUCCGACUCGACGCCGGACUCCCUUAAAUUACCGUCCGACGUUCGAACGCCGGACGCAGUCAAGAGCGCUUCUCUCAAGACCAUCGAUCUGAGGGACGUGUCCAACGGGAGAAACGCGCCGAGCAACGUCAUCAGCACGUCGAUCGGAAACAUUAGACAGGGUUUUGCCAAUGGCGACACCAUCGUUACCCUCCUGCCAGUAAAUACCAAGUGGCCAUGGAUUACCCCGGCCAAAUUCAGACCGGAAUUAGUGCCGGAGGAAUUGAUGGCACAAGGUUUAACCCUUACAGUGGAAGAUUACGUUCACAUAAUGGAACUGCUUGUGAACGACGUACGCUUCAAUAUGUACAACAUAUGCUACAAGAGAAUUCUCGUCCUAUGGAUAUUCACCGCCUUCAUUGUGCUGCUUGGUUUAUUGUUCUCCGGCGUGACUGGCCUCACUUUGUUCGGGCUUGGUGUUAUGUGGUUAAUCCUGAACGCGGCUGCAAUAUUCUUCUGCAUGUUCAUCAAGAUCAAGCUCAAUCACAACCUCGAGAAAUGUAUGGCUCAAGUUAACAAACAUUUAUUAAGGCAUAAAAUAUUACUGGGAUUGGACGACAGAGGGAAGAUCUCCUGCCACAAAGUCAACCUGUGUUUCAUAUACUUUGAUACCACGGAUUGCGUUAAAAAGCUGCAGGAAGUAAUAGAACGGGAAGAACGCGAAGGUAGAGUAAUUGGUGGCGAUGAUGCAAGCGAUUUAAGUCGACAACGAGAAUUGCAGCAGCGUAUGGACAUUGACGACGGUGACAUUGUUAUACAAGGCAGCACCACCACAAGAAUCUCUCGUAAACAGGAACGGGCGGAGUUGCUGUUGCUGAGGUAUGCGUCUCGAUGGGCACGUCACUUCGUGCGUCGCAGACUUGAUCUGGUUAUAGACUCGCAGGAACGUGAUAGAGGCGUUAUGGGUCUGUCUGUACCACCGCGCCAUUGUGUCUCCGCCCGUUGCCCUUGUCAAUUCAUUGAGGACCAUCUCAAACACAAGCCGAGAGGAUACCCACCGGGAUUUACGUGGUGCGCCUACCUUAGUGAACCUGCAAACCGAUUUGACAUGGUACCAAGUUUAUCCCACUGAAUAGUUUUUGUUCUUAUACAAAUCGUGUUGAUACGAAUAUCGUACGAAUUUAUAUACAUAUAGACGGAUGAGCUAUAUCAAAAUAAGACGUACCGUUACGUGUACAGAGAGAUAGCUAUUUACCCGUUAAUUUAAACUGCAUACCUUUCGUUCGCGUAUUUUUUUAGAGUAGCUACGUGAAAGUUGUAUUAUCAGAUUUUAUAAGCCUAUAUAUUUUUUAUAUAACUAUAUAUUCUUUGAUAUUAGCAAUAAUUAAUCUGUUUUCGAGCUUUCGAUCAUUUUUUUGUAUUAUUAAUAUAUUGCUCAGUGGCAUAUAUGCAGUGAUUUAGUGAUUUAAAUUAUAUAUCGGUUAAACCCGUUUGAUCUCUCAUUCGGAAACUAUUCGCGAAAAUAAAGAAAUAAUUUUUUGGAAUAGUUGUGCGCACGACACAGUAUUAUAAGAUAUAAAUUAAUCGAUAUUUAUACAAUAAAAAUAUAAUAUAUUUUUGUUGUAUAAGAUAUAAUUAUGCGAAGAUAGCCACAUGUGCGCGCGCGCAUCGGUAACAUACUGUAAUCUCUAUCAUUCGAAGAGUUCUUCAAAAAUUUAAAAUGAAGAGUGUGUGUUGUUUUGUAAGAAAAUUAUACAUACAAGCUAAAAAAGUAUUAAAAAGGUAUACGAUAAAAAUAUAAAAUAAUCUCUCUUUUUUUUUUUAAUGAUAAGCAAUGCAAUUUUUGAUAACUCUUUGAAUAACCGAACUGUACGAUUCCUCUCAAUUGGGCUACUUCGCAUAUUUUUAAUAUAUAAAGAUAAAGGGAAUGUAAGAGUAACUCGUAAGUUUUUACAUGCAAGAAGAUCAAGAGGAAAUCAUAAAUCUUUAUAAAUGUUAUUCUUCAUGAUAAAUGUGAUAGAAUAUAAUUAUCAGUAGCAUCGUGCUACUGCACAAGUAGCGCUAGAUGUUAAGUUGUUACCGUGCCUUGUCAUAAAUUUCGUUGGGAUUGCUCUAUGAAAUAUUAUGUACCAUUAAAUAACGUAAGGACGUAUCAAUCUGUGUAAUCGGUGUACUGUUCAAUGUACCAAUACAUACGAGUACGCGUAUGCAUAUCAAUCAUGUUAAGAAUAUAAAGGGAUUAUUGACCAA